UAAGCGCCUGGAAAUCCGAAUAAUGAAAGUGUGUUGUUCGUUUUCAACUACUUACGAGAGGUCGUAUAUUACUUUUACCCUUUUUUCAGAACAAACGUGUCUAAAUUUAGAAUAUAACUGUCGGCUGCUGAUCACUAUUGAUUAUCGGGUGGGUCGCGCGCUGUAACUCGGUGUAAAAGCACCUUAAUAACUUUGAAGGGAAACGGAGUCUGUUUUGAGCGUGAUAUUGAUCGAGAAGCGUGAUUAAUUUAAUUCUGUCUCCCAGCAAGCACAAAUACGUCUGCUCAAAAUAUCUUCUGCUACAUUUCAGGAAGAAGAGUCCAUGGCACAGGGGCCUGGUCGUCAGAACGCGGGCAGGCACAGACAUUCUUCACAGCAGGUCAGAGCGAGCAGACGAUCUUUGAGCGCAGAAAGCAGGCCAUACAAAUACGCGACUUAUGUGUCAGAACGCGCUCAGUCAUCGGCUGGCGAAAUAACUGCAGACGAGUCACCGCUGAGACAACCAGGUAGCGAGGAAGAGUUCCAAUCUAGUUAUGGUGCUAAAAACAGGACUUCCAAUCGCAGUGGAGCCCCGGAAAUGGGCAUAAAAACUAUAGAAAUGGAAAAUUCAUCAGUGAUUCAAACAGUGGAAAUAUUUAAACGUCCUGGUCAGACCCUUGGAUUUUAUAUUCGCGAGGGAAAUGGUCAGGAUCGACAGGAAGGUGUGUUUAUUUCUCGUAUUCAAGCAGGAACAGUUGCCGAAAGUAAUGGAUUAUUACACAUUGGUGACGAGAUUAUUUCUGUCAAUACAGUGGAGGUGGGUAAAAUGUCUCUUGACGAUGUUGUUAUACUUAUGUCUAUUCCUAGAAAAUUGAUACUUAAAAUUAGAUCUAAGAAAAAUUGUAAUAAGAAAAAUGUGUCGUGUCCAUCGUUAGCGGUUACAGAAAGAGAUGAACCGCCCGUGGUUGUGUUAAAAAGGGGGCAUGUUCGGGCGAACUCGGACACUCAGUUAGAAAUGACCGAGAAGAUGCCGAACAUGUUCGAACCUUCGCCUCAUUUAGAUACGGAUUAUUUAGGGAAACGUUUAAGUCGCCAAGAACGCUCUACCUCUCAAUAUGCUAGUAUUUUCAUAUCUCCUCAUAAAGCCGAGGCUAAAUUGCUAACUGUUGAUGAUAACAAUAGUGACCAUUCUAGUGAAGGUUCAUUACCGCGCAGUAUAGAUUCAGGCAGCAAAGAACAUUAUGCGGGGCAUCGUGGAUACAGUACUACGAUGGUCCCCCCUGAAGAUCCAUACGGCUACCUCGCUCCAAGCUCAUUACCUACGUACACACUGCCACAGAGUGAUUCAUUAGAGCGCGAAUAUGGUCGAAUGUUCUAUAAGGAACAGCAGACACAACAAAAAUAUUUACCAACUCACCAAAGAUCGCCUUCAAAAGGCAGUUCAAUAUCUCAAACCCCUGCUCGAACUCGGUACUACAGUUCGGACAGUGACCGUGGUGCGUACAGCGACACCUAUCAAGCGUUGUCCGAGUGUGGGUACGGGUCUAGAAGUAACUAUAGCGACAAUGCAAGACGUUAUAUAGGUGGCUUCAGGGAAAUGAUACAUUCCAAAGCAAAAUACGGUGGAAAAGCUCCACGUCCGAGAUCUCCCGAGUGUUAUAAUUCAGAUUCUGAGGUUCUGUACACGAGCCCAAGCGGCGGUGCUCUCGCGGCGGACGCUAGGGGGUUCGCUUCGGAUUAUGAAACGUACGCAGGCGCAAUGAGCGACGAAGAUCCAGUGUAUGCUGUCCCCAAACCGAUCUCAACAAGUAGUAGCCAAGAACUUCAGCUACUCCUCCGGAAAUUCAAUACUCUUUCCCACGAGCUGCAAGCCGAGCAAAACCGGUUGCAGCAGCAGCUUACGGCAAGGGACCGGCCAACAGGUGCUAUAGGGUAUUCUCGUGCUGAAGGCUACUGUUCGGAUGAAUAUGGUACUAUCUACUCCUCGCCAAGUAGCAGCUAUGCCACUAAAUCUCUUUCCCCCGUGCCAAACCGGAAAGUGGCCGCUGCGACGCAAACGCCAUCGCACGUGAAACUCCUUCGGAAACAUAGCGCUGACUGUCUGCUGUCGUACAAAACAUAUCAAAUGGAGGACCCAUAUGCUACGAUAGAACCCCCCCUCACUCAGGAAGCGAGAUACUCAAAGCCACAUAUGCAUUCUUCAUCGAAGGGGCCGAAAGCGCCCCCUACCACAUCUACCUCAAUUAAUACAGCGUCAAACGCUGAAUCUAGUAAAGCUAUAGACACUAAUGGUAAAACUAUAACUCGAACUUCUGCCAGUAGGUUCAGAGAUUUGCAAUUAGCUAAGCGACCAUUGCAGAUCGCGUAUGGUGAUUUUGAUUGUUAUAAGAUUGAUCUUAAGAAGCGAAACGAGUUCGCCCGUUCGAACGGGCAUGAUGGAAUUCUGUGUGUGCACGUGUUAUGUGGCCAAGGUUUAAAGUGCGCUAAGAUGACAUUACGGGAUCUAUAUUGUGUUUUGUCUAUAGAUUCUAUUAAUAAAGCUAGAACAAUGAUACGGACGGGUGCAGUCAAUUUUGACUGGGACGAAGCUUUCGAUAUUGACCUCGAAAAUGCUAGAGACGUGUCUUUCUUAAUUUAUAAUUGGGAUCCUAAUUAUAAACAUAGGUUGUGUUUUCAUGGUUCUAUAUUUUUACCCGGAUUUAUAGACCCUGGAAGAAAGAAAAAAAUAGCUCUUAAAAUGGAACCCAAAGGACUUCUUUACCUCACCCUCCUCUAUAAAGAACCCAAAGAAAUACUACAACGAUUACCGUCUGUUAAAAGUGACGGGGUGUUUGGUGUUGAUAUAGAUACUGUUAUAAAACGGGGUCAAGGAAGUGCAAAUGUCCCUCUCUUGGUUGUGAAAAGUAUAGAAGAAAUAGAACGCCGCGGUUUAGAAGUAGUUGGUAUAUACAGACUUUGUGGCUCGUCGCGCAGAAAAGCACAACUCCGUGAAGUUUUUGAAAAGAAUUCUUCAACGGUGGACCUUUCUCCGGAUAAUGUUUCUGAUAUACACGUUAUAACUGGUGUUCUCAAAGACUACUUCCGGGAGUUACCUGAACCACUUGUGACGAACGCUCUCUAUCAGAUGAUGCUUGAUGCUCUAAGCGUACGCCUUCCGAGUGACCCAGAUGGGAGUGCAAAACUCAUGCUUAGCAUACUAGAGUGCCUUCCAAAAUCCAAUCAGGAGACGAUGUCCUUGGUGCUCAACCAUCUGCAUGAAGUGGCGUCACAUAGCGACAAGAACAAGAUGGGGCUUGAACAGCUGGCAGUGUGUCUGGGUCCAGUCCUGCUCUGUCCUUCAUCCGUCGGGUCCGACGACGAGACACUAGAAUACAGUAAACAUAUUGAGGUCCUGAAAUAUCUGCUAGAAAUAUGGGGUAGUAGAAAUAAUGAUGGGUCAAAGCCAACAAGCACACCUUCCUCCCAGAAAUCUGCCAGUCCGACAGUUAACACCAGUUGACGAACAACAUGUGUUUAGAAUAUAUUUCAGCGUCUGUUCCAUCUAUAUUUAAAACGGAAAACUACAGACAUAUAGGUUGUUUUGCAAACUCUUAAAUAAAAUCAUGUCUUUUGAUGGACAACACAAUUAAGAUAGAACUGAACUGAAAUGAGCUGGACUGAAUCGAACUGAAUUGGAUUGGAAGAGCUGUAUGAUUCUAUUUCAAAAUUGGACAAUGGCUGAAAAAUAGUUCGUUGAUAAUUCUUUAAGAAAUCUCAUAAUAAACAAAGGUUUAAAGGAUGAUUUUAAAAGCAUAGAGAAUGCGACUGUUUGACUUAUCGUCUGCUCGAAAACGGUGUGUUGAAGGUGUCGAAUGUACUUAAAUAAAAGAUUUUAAAGAAGGGUCCUUCAAUAAAGUGUCAUUGGAAAAUAGGAAAAUAUAUAAAUUUCCAAGAUCUUUUUCAUCAACUGAACUUGUUAAUAAUUUAUCUAAAAAAUAGUUAUGUUUUGACAUAAACUGCUAGACCAUUUUGACUUUCAAUUUAAUUGAAAUGAAUUAAACACAUGUUUUUAUCGAAUAAUUUCCUGCAUCCUGCAUUAUUUGGAUCUGAAAAUAACUUUAGAUUCUAAAAAUAACUUAGAUUCUAAAAAUAACUUAUG